ACUGAUAACAUUUUGCCGCACCGACCAUGCUUGGUACCAGUCUCUGUUCCACGUCAAAGUCUUCGUGGCGUAAUAUAUUAUUGUCAUAGACAUGAGGUUGCACCUCUCAUGCCUUGUACACUCGGGACCGAUUGUGACGGAGAGGUGUCAAACGCCUGCUGCUUGCUCGGCCCAAUCACAGGCCUCCUAUAGAACCCGAAUUUGCCGAACUUCUUUUCUUUGCUCAGUGUUGGGCUCGGUUCGAAUUAGAUUAAUUGCCAGGCGAGCCGCCGCUCUAUCAACAGCUUAAAGUCCCACUGAUCUCCACUGAUGGCCGGUGCAAGAGGAUACGAGGCUCUCUCCGUGUCUCCCCUUGUAUCAGACUCAUGCACUAGUUAUGACCUUUACGAUUACACGAUUUAUCUCUCUGGGUCUUUCUGCUAGAACGAGCAAGGUUUCCUUGCGAUUCUUUCCCUCCGCAAGCGCUAGCUCCAGAUGUAUCAAUAUUCAUCCCUUCUCGCGACCAAUUAGGACCCCUCCCCGCCAAUUGUAUAGUACUACUACAGUUAGAACUGCCAAAUCCUUUGGAUCUGCAGUUGCAGUUGCAGUAAUCGCCGGUGGAGCCUCACUCUUCUUUGCCCUGACACGCUCUCGAGAUACCGGCCCUCCAAACCUGACAGCGGAAGCCGCUGUUGAGAUUGUUCCCACUGCUCCUCAGACUGGUUCUGAGCCGACAGGCAAUUUUACCAAGGCCCUCGAAGACUUGCAGGCGGAAUUCCCAGAACCCUCUGUUGUAUCUACCGACCCCGGUGAACUGUAUGCCUAUGCACAGUCAGCGUACUCUCAAUUUGUUGGAUUACCCCAUACCAUUGUUGUACACGUUCGAAGCACCGAAGAUGUUGUAAAGGUAGUAAAGAUAGCUAACAGGUAUCUCGUUCCAAUUGUACCAUACUCGGGAGGGACUAGCUUGGAAGGAAACUUGUCUGCUCCAUCCUCUGGAUCAAUAUGCGUAGAUCUCUCUGCUCUUGACAAGAUCAUAGCAAUCCAUGAGUCGGAUGCAGAUGUGGUUUGCCAAGCUGGGGUCACCUGGAAUCAUCUGAAUGAAACGCUAAGUGAAAAGGGCAUUCCGUUGUUUUUUCCGCUUGAUCCUGGUCGCAAUGCCACGAUAGGUGGCAUGAUGUCAACUGGGUGCUCUGGAACCAAUGCGGUCAGAUAUGGAACAGCAAGAGGUGAAUGGAUUCUUAACGCCACGGUGGUACUUCCGUCGGGCGAAGUGAUCAAGACACGACAGCGCGCCCGCAAGUCAUCGGUGGGUUUUGAUCUCACCAAAUUGUUCAUAGGUGCAGAAGGCACCCUCGGAAUUAUCACGGAAGCCACAUUGCGUCUAGCUCCCGUUCUGCCCAGCACUGUUGCCGUUGCGCAAUUCCCUGAUGUUCGACAUGCAACCAAUGCAUGCGUCGAGAUCAUCGAUGAACUUACUAUCAAGGCGCUAAACCAAUUUGGGACGUCUGCGAGAAAGUGGCCAGAGAAAGUGACUCUCUUCUUCAAGUUCCAAGGCUCGGACAAUGCAAUUCAGGAAACGUCACAGUAUGUGGAAAGCGCGGUUGUGAAGCAUGGGGCGACCGAUUACCAACUUGCUGCAAACAAGCAAGAAAGCGAGGAUAUCUGGCAGGACCGGAGAAAUGCGCUUUUCGCGUGCCUUGCAUAUCGUCCAGGAUGUCAAGGAUGGAUGACUGACGUAUGCGUCCCAGUGUCACGCCUACCUGAUCUUAUCUCUGCUGCGAAAAAAGACUUUGAGGAACUCGGUCUAGUUGCGCCAAUCGCUGGCCAUGUUGGCGAUGGUAACUUUCACGCUCUUGUUCUCUAUGCGGAUGACGCGGAGCUUGCCCUUGUACGAGAAGCAGUUAGUAGGAUCAAUCACAAAGCCAUCGAACUCGAAGGAACAUGCACAGGGGAGCACGGCGUUGGUACGGGUAAACGCAACUACCUCUUGACUGAACUUGGGGAAGGCACAGUAGCCCUCAUGAGAACCAUCAAACAGACACUAGAUCCCCACAACUUGUUUAACCCAGGAAAGGUAAGUAGUUCCUCUGUGAAGUAG